AUGAGUAAUCGCGGCGACGAAAAUUGCGAGACCCUGUCGUCGGAAAUUCACUUGGUAAAGGAGGAAUAUGACGAAUUGGGACGUCUUCAGAGGACUUGUAAUGCCGAAGUGAAGGUCAUGAAGUGCGAGGGCUUGUGCAACAGUCAAGUUCAGCCUUCCGUGAUCACCCAAACGGGAUUUUUGAAGGAGUGUUAUUGUUGUCGCGAGACAUUUUUACGAGAUAAACCAAUAACUUUGACACAUUGUUACGAUCCGGAUGGCAUUAGGUUGACGGGCGAGUCAGCUACGAUGGAAACUCGCUUGAAGGAACCCGCUGACUGCAAAUGUUACAAGUGUGCGGACUUUUCGCGAUAA